ACACACACUGGCAUAUGAUCUGGAGCUCCUCCCUAGAUUCAUUCAUUACAUUGAAUGGUAAGGAGGACAACUCCUUCAUCCCUCCCUCCUCGUUUCAAGGCAGGCUUUGGAGGAGGAGCCAGAGAGGCAGCAGCAGAGGAGCUGGGAGAGAGAGAGAGGCAGAGAAAGAGAGUCGGAGGAGAGAGCAAACGAGAAGGAAUCAAGUUGGGCAUUGUAUAGCCUUUGCAAAGACUGCACAUAUAUUUGGGGACCCGCGUGGACGGCGCAUUGGAACAGAUGGAUAAUGGAGACUGGGGAUAUAUAAUGACUGAACCAGUCACUCUCAAUGUGGGAGGCCACUUGUACACGACGUCGCUGACCACGCUCACCAGGUAUCCCGAUUCGAUGCUGGGAGCCAUGUUCCGGGGAGACUUCCCCACUGCCAGAGAUUCUCAGGGCAAUUACUUCAUUGACCGGGAUGGGCCACUUUUCCGGUACGUUCUCAAUUUUUUACGGACCUCAGAGCUGACUCUGCCUGUGGACUUCAAAGAAUUUGAUUUGCUUCGAAAAGAAGCUGAUUUUUAUCAGAUCGAACCCUUAAUACAGUGUCUUAAUGACCCCAAGCCUUUGUAUCCUGUGGAUACUUUUGAGGAAGUGGUGGAGCUUUCCAGCACACGCAAGCUUUCCAAAUACUCCAAUCCAGUGGCAGUGAUCAUAACACAGCUCACCAUCACGACCAAGGUUCACUCGUUGUUGGAAGGCAUUUCCAACUAUUUUACCAAGUGGAAUAAGCACAUGAUGGACACCAGAGACUGCCAAGUUUCGUUUACCUUUGGGCCGUGCGAUUACCACCAAGAGGUCUCUCUCCGCGUCCAUCUGAUGGAGUACAUCACGAAGCAAGGUUUCACCAUUCGAAAUACGAGAGUCCACCACAUGAGCGAGCGAGCCAACGAAAACACAGUUGAACACAACUGGACUUUCUGUAGACUGGCCCGAAAAACGGAUGACUGAUACCAUUUGUCCUCGUCUGUUAUUUGUUCACUUUCCAAAAGUGAAUUAGCCGCUUCUCAAAACCAUGUAUUUCAGUGACUGGAGUCUGGCCUUGACCCUAAACAGCCUCGGAGAGACUCUUCUUUUAUUUCAUUCUUUUGUUUUAUUUUAUUUUAUUUGGUUAUGAAUAUUUAUUAUUUGGUUUUUAGAGACUGGAGGAGGGACAUGCUGUGGCCUCUUGUCUUCUGUCUUGUGAGAAACGAAUGCAUGUGCCUGCUUAAAAUGUUAAGUCUCUUUUUAAAUUCAAAGAUGAAGCGAAACAAACACAAAUCAUUCUUAGAGACAACUUCAGAAUUAACUACGUUAAGAUCCCUCCCCCUUUUUUUUACAAUGCAUUAUAUAAGGUGCUAAAAACCACCUCUUGAUUUAAAUGGCGUUUAUUUAAUGCUGUCACUUACCACUGGGAAUGAAAGAGAAAAUCCAACUUGCACUGAAAUAGACUGAAGUGAAUGCAGAUGGUAUAAGAAGAGCUUGUUUUGGACUAGUUCCCUCUGGACUGUACCCAGAAUGGUUCAGAUGUAAUUAGAGGAAAAGCUAUCAUCAUGUAAUCUAAUCUAGUUUUCCUUGACCACUAACAAGCAGUAUUAUUUAGUUACCUCCAAAUCCUCCAAGACCAUUUCCUCCUGCCCUUGGUUUUAUUUUUAAAAUGCCAUAUCUGUCUGCUUUUCCCCCCUAUACAUUAUAAAUCAAGCAACCAAAUAUUAUCUGAGCUAUGAAAAUAUAAUUAGAAGUAUUUAUAUUGGUUCUGAAUGCAAAAACCUCCCUGUGGUAGGACUCCUUUAUUUUUUAAUGCCCGGUGCAAUAAUAAUUCCCAAGUGUAAUGCUCGCCAGCAAGAAGCUAAUAAAAGACAUGAAAUAUGGAAGCCAGAUCUGCAA